AUGUCUGGGUACUUCUUUGUUCGUGACGGUCACCCGUCUCCUCACCAGGUCAAAUUGGAAGACAACGGUCUUCAUGACGUCGAGUCCAACGGCAACGAUGUGAAAAUGGAUACUUCUGGACAGCAAGAUAACGCUGCAAAUGAGGCAGACGAGCAGAUUAACGAGUUGGGGAAAGGGUCCGGGGAUGGACCAAACCCGGCUUUCACUAUCACAACCAACCGUACUGGAGAUGAACCGGCAACUCCAAAAGAUGGCCUGGUCCUGGGAGGUGGUCAAACGAUCAAGCUCAUGCUUGUGCCAGACAAACCACCUGCACCUCCACCCACUCCAGCCAAAGAGAAGAAACCUCACCCUCAGGCCAAGAUGAAGAAGUUCUGGAAGAACUUCGAUCCCGAGUACACAGGCAAAGUGACUCGCGUCCUUCCCGACCGUAUCACGGAGAAGGAUCUCAGUGCCGUGACGCUUGUCGGUGAGAUCGCUCACAAGGCUGUCAAGUCAUACGAGGACGCCAAGGCAUCCUGUCUCCGAGACGUGAAACGAAUCAUCAAGGAAUGUCGAGCCUCGAAUCAGAAAUACACCGAUUCUCACUGGGAUAUCGAGCGAGAUCUGAAGAUCACAAGGAUCAGGGAUUGUCUGGAUGGCCUUAUCAUUGAGGAUGACGACAAAGAAUAUCCGGCAGAUGCAAAGCGAGUUACAGAUAUCUUCGACGAGCCCAAGUUCUAUGUUGAUGGUGUUUCGUACGACGAUAUCCUACAAGGGUCAGCAGGAGAUUGCUGGUUCCUGGCCGCCAUUUCUACCUUGAGCUGUAAUCAAGAAUUUAUUGAUCGUGUUUGUGUCAUCCAAGAUCAAGCCGUUGGGGUCUAUGGAUUUGUUUUCCACCGUGACGGCGAGUGGCAUCAGUGCAUCAUCGACGACAAGUUGUACCUCCGGGCACCGGCAUACGACGAGAGUGGAGAUGUCGUCCUGGGACAAUACGGAAUCAGACGGCCGGACCAGGAAGACCAAUACCAAGAACUUUUCCAGCGCGGUUCCAAAUCGCUGUACUUUGCUCAAUGCCGGGAUCAAAAUGAGACUUGGGUGAGCCUUCUUGAAAAGGCAUAUGCUAAAGCGCAUGGAGAUUACGCAUCCAUUUCUGGCGGACAAACUGGAGAGGCAAUCGAGGACCUCACUGGCGGCGUCACGACCGAAAUCUACACCACCAAUAUUCUCGACACAGAUGAAUUCUCGAAAAAUGAACUCAGCCGCAUUGGAAAAGACUUCGUCUUCUCCUGUGCUGCUGCACGCUGGCGCGAGUGGCGGCCGUAUCUGGUUACGAACGAAAAGGUUCGAGAGGAACGCCGCUCAGGGAUUGUCAGCCAGCACGCCUAUGCGGUCCUUGACACAUACGAAGGGCAUGGACAACGGCUGGUCAAGAUCCGCAACCCUUGGGGCCGAAAAGAAUGGACAGGUGCCUGGAGUGACGGUUCCAAAGAGUGGACCGCUGAAUGGUUGACACGGCUGAACCACCAAUUUGGGGACGACGGUAUCUUCUGGAUGACUUACAAGGACAUGCUCAGCAAGUACAAAUACAUUGAUCGGACUCGCAUCUUCGGUCCUGACUGGCACGUUGCUCAGCAAUGGAUGUCAGUGCAAGUGCCCUGGAGUACGCUGGACUACCAAACAAACCACUUCUCCGUCGUUGUUCCCGAAGACACGGAUGCGGUGAUUGUACUUUCCCAGCUUGAUGAGCGGUACUUCAAGGGAUUGCAAGGCAAGUACAAUUACACCAUGCAAUUCCGAGUGCAAAAGGACGACGACGAAGAAGAAGAGGAAUACCUUGCCCGCAGCAAGAUGAACUAUGAGCUGAUACGCUCCGUGAAUGUUGAAGUGCAUUUGACCAAGGGCACCUAUACCGUGUUGAUCAAAGUCGAGGCGCACUCCACUGGACGAGAUGAAGUGGAAAAUGUCAUCAGAAAGAAUAUACACCGGCGAGACAAAAUUACUCAAAUCGGUAAACUGUACGACCUGGCUCAUCAGAAGGGCCAGCUCCCGUCGUCCUCGUCGCCGUCUGGAGCUACCUCAACUUCCGUAUCUGGAACGUCAACCCCUGUCCCCUCUGGAAUCAGAACUCCGUCCACCUCAUCAGCUUCUUCGGCACCUGCACCAGCGGAAGAGAGCAAACAAGACUCUGACGACAUUGAAAAAGACCCAAAUCGCAACCCCUGGAAUGCAAGCUGUGUGGUCGGGCUUCGUGUGUAUAGUAAACAACCGGAACUCGAGCUUAAGGUCAUCGUGCCGUCCAAAGAAGACGUCCACGAGAUGCCGACACUCGAUCGAGACGACGUGGCGAAGAGCGCGCUGGACGAGGUUCAAGCCGUUGCAGAGAAGGUAGACGAAGUCAUUGGAGACAAGAAAGAAGGGGAAGGGGAAGGUGAAGAUGGAGAGAAGCAAAAUGACGAAGCGAAACCAGAUGAGGCAGAGACAAAGAAGGCUAUUGCCGGAAGCAGAGGGGUCCCGGUCGAGAGUGACGACGACGAAGAAGAUGACGAAGAAGAGGAGGAUGGUAGUGAGGCCAGCGACGACGACGAGGAGGAGUAA